UUUCCACAAACGCUUUUAUCUUGUUGAGUUGAUCCUGAGAUGGAGCCGGAAGAGGGAAAGAUAUCUGUGUGGGUCUGCCGGGAGGAGAAGCUGGUCUCCAGGCUGACAAAGCGAACCACCUGUGCCGACGUGGUCAAAGUCUUGCUGGAGGACCAGAACCUGCAGCAGGGAACCUCGGCGGCGAUGCUAUCAGGCUCUCCCCAGUCCUAUUGCAUGGUGGAGAAAUGGAGAGGCUUCGAGAGGAUUUUACCCAAUAAGACCAAAAUCCUCCGGCUGUGGAGUGCCUGGGGGGACGAGCAAGAAAAUAUCCGCUUCGUUUUGGUGAAGAAUGAGGCUUUGCUUCACAACAACAGGCCCCGUAGGGCCGAGGCCCGGGUGGUCCAGAGCCGGGAGAGCGGCGGUCCGAGCGGGGUCCUGAUGGGCACUGCCAGGACUUGCUUAACCUUAGCGGCCACUGCCGCUGCCGCUAACAUGUCCCAAGAGAAACAAAGACGAAUAGUCAUGAAGGCUUUCAGAAAGUUGGAUAAGAUUAACAGAAAGAAAGGACAUGCUGUUUCUAAAGAUAAGGGCGCCGUGGAGAAGACGGAGACGCUGGUUCACCUGGUGAUCUCCCAGGAUCACACAAUCCGCCAGCAGAUCCAUAGGAUCAAAGAGCUUGACGAGGAGAUCGAGCGGUACGAGGUCAAAGUGCACUUAGACCGCAUUAAGAGACACGGAGUGAACUAUGUGCAGGACAUAUACAUGGUGGGCUGCUUCUCGGAGGCUCCCGCUCCCACGGACUGCAAGCUCAAGGCGGAGCGACAGGACGCACCUUGCACAGCGGAGGUGGUCGUCCUGUUCGAGGAGUACGUGCGCUGGUGUGAGGAGGUGGUGCGGCUGCAGGAGGAGCUGACGGUGCGUGAGGCGCUUGUGGAGAGCAUCACCGGGGAGAUCCAGGAGCAGCUCAACCUGCAGUGGAUUAAACGGCAGCGUGAGGAUAGAGUAGCGGAAGUGGCGAAGGAUACAUACUGCGUCAUGGAGGAGAUGAGGGUGGCAUUGUCUGCCGCUCCAGCUGAACAAGAUGUGGAAAGUUUGUCUGAGAACGAGUUUGGACUAGAUACAGUUAUGAUCAAAACGCAGCUGGACACCAGUCUGUACAUUGGCCUGCGUUUGAAAUCAGACCUAGACGCCAUCAGGGGAGACUUGGGCCUGAGUUUGAAGCUCUGGGAAACCAGGGAGAGUGAACUUUUGGACCUUUUGGCCAAAGUUGAGACCAUGGAGAUAGAGCAGGUAAACAACAAACUGACUGACGAUGGUAAGUCAAAGCUGGUUGCAGUGAGCGCUGAGGCUGAGCCUGUAUCAGCAGAAAAGAGUAGUGUCUGGGUGGAGCAGUCCAGAGGUCUGUCCAAGGUGUGCAAUACAAACGAUGAAGACUCGGACACAGGCCUGAGCUCCAUGCACAGUCAGGACUCUGACAACCCACCUGUGUGUGAAUCAUUAGUAUAGACUCACUUUGUUAGGAAGCUCUUGGACUUUUAUGCCAUUCAAUCCAAUAAACCUAGAGGCAGAGAAUAAGUGUUGGCAAUAAUGUUCUUCUCUUCCCAAAAUGCACCUAUUGUAUUCUAUAGCAAUAAUUACUAUAUGUACCUAGUUGCACAAUAAGCUAGAAUUAAAACUGCAGAUUUUGUGGAUUGGAUUAUGAUGUUUUGUUUUUUUCAACAUAGCUCAUUCUGUCUAUUUCAUUGUUUGUUUAAGUGGUUCUCAACAUCUUUGGCGUGGGACCAUUUAAAACAAGUUAAUUUUAGUCAAAUUUCUAUUCGCUAUGAACAUUUUAAGUAAGCAAAGUGUGAUGUGCUCUGAUUGUUUCAUUUAAAUUAAAGAGAACAAAAAAAAUGUUUUUCCUAAUUUUGAUAAUCUUACAAAUACUCAGAUUUAUAUUUUGACCACGUUAGGUGGUCCCACUGGUUUAAAGCAGGUAACAAUUAAAUUCAGUUUGGUACUCCCUGAUGAAAAUAGAGGUCAUAGUGAGAUCAGGUGAGAGCCAAAACAAAUGUUUCUUGGUACU